AAAUUACUUCUUUAUGCAAUACUAUAGGUUAAUCUGAGUUAAUCAGUUUUAUCUUAUCGAGAAAUGUCACUUGGAGUAUUUUUUGGUCUACUUAACCUUAAAAAAAAUCUAUUUCACUCUUGCUUAAGUGUUCUGUUUGUUAGUGGAGCCUACAGUCUACGUAAUAAUACGCGCAUUACCUAUAAAAUGCCUUCAAGCGGUUUAAGCCCAAUGGACCCCAAUUCAUUUUCCAGGCCAGACCUGGCUGUUGUUACUAACAUAUUCAUGGCAUUGGACAUUAAUUUUACUCGUAGAGUCAUCAGUGGAAACACCGAUUUAACAGUACAAAAAGUAGAUCAAAAAGUUGAAGAAGUUAUUUUAGAUAUUAAAGAUUUAAAUAUUGAAGCUAUAUAUGAGACACAAUCAAAUAUUAAAUUGGAUUAUAAAAUUUCUGAAACAGGACCCUUUGGUUCAAAGUUAACUGUUGCCUUACCAGAUAAAAACCUAGAAAACUACAUCAUAAGUGUAAGAUAUGAAACAAGCCCAAAUGCAAGUGGGCUUCAAUGGUUGAAUCCUGAACAUACUGCAGGAAAGAAAUUUCCUUUCGUUUUUAGUCAAUUUCAGGCAAUCCAUGCUCGAUCUGUUAUUCCUUGCCAAGAUACACCAUCAGUUAAAACUAAAUAUACAGCAGUUAUCUCUGUCCCCAAAGAUUUAACUGUUGUUAUGUCAGCAAUCAAUAAACAUAAAAAACCUCUUUUAGAACGUACAAUGUACGCAUUUGAACAAAAUAUCCCCGUCCAGUCGUAUUUAAUAGCCUUGGCAGCUGGAGAAUUAGAAUCGAGAGAAAUCGGACCUCGAUCGAAAGUUUGGGCGGAAAAGGAAAUUGUUGAUGCAGCCGCUUUUGAGUUUAGUGAUACCGAGCGGCAAUUAAAAACGGCAGAAGAUAUUUGUGGACCAUAUGUAUGGGGAAUAUAUGAUUUGUUGGUAUUACCACCUAGUUUUCCUUUUGGGGGAAUGGAAAAUCCUUGUUUAACAUUUGUUACACCAACACUUUUAGCAGGUGACCGUUCUUUAGCUAAUGUUGUUGCUCAUGAAAUAGCACAUAGUUGGACAGGAAAUUUAGUUACAAAUGCUAAUUUUGAACAUUUUUGGCUAAAUGAAGGUUUUACAAUGUUUAUUGAGAGAAAGGUAUUAGGCAGGCUUCAAGGGGUUAAAUAUGAAGAUUUUCACGCCUAUGAAGGAUAUUUAGAACUACAAGAAACGGUAAAUCGAAUGGGCGAAAAGGAUCCACUUACAAAACUUGUGUUAAAUUUAGAAGGUGUUCACCCAGAUGAUUCAUUCUCUUUAAUUCCCUAUGAAAAAGGAUACAUCUUUUUGAGAUAUCUCCAAAGCUUAGUUGGAAUAACAGCAUUUGAAAGCUUUCUUAAAACAUAUUUUGAAACUUAUAAAUAUAAAUCAAUAAAAACCAGCGAUUUUCAAGAAUAUUUCAAAAAUCAUUUUAAAUCAAACACUGCAAUUACAAAAAUUGAUUGGGAUACAUGGCUUUAUGGCACUGGAAUGCCUCCCAUCAUCCCAGACUACGAUCAAACACUAAGAAAUACAUGCCAAGACUAUAUUAAACAAUUCAUUUCAUGGAAUGGUCAAGAUAGUUUUCCGAUUAGUUCACAGGACAUUGCUGCUUUAAUUCCAGAUCAGAAAAUUCAUUUUCUUCGUCUUAUUUUAAAAGAAGAACCUCAAUCUCUCGAAAAAUUGCGAGGUCUUGAAACCGCAUUUGAUCUUUCUGAUGUUAAAAAUUCGGAAAUGAAAUUUUUAUGGUUUAGAAUUUGUAUCAAGGGAAGAUGGGAAGAGAAAAUUGAAGGAAUUUUGAGCUGGUUAAAUGGAGUUGGAAGGAUGAAGUACACAAGACCUUUAUACAGGGAUUUGUAUAAUUGGGAAGCAUCCAAAACAACUGCUAUCAAUAAUUUUGAAAAAUGUAGGAGCUGUAUGAUGCACGUUAGUGAAUACACUAUUGCUAAAGAUUUGCAUUUAUUAAAAUAGAGAAAAAAAAUGUAAGGUUAUGCCAAAAUGAUUAUUUUAUGUAAAAACGAAAUUAAAUAA